AUGACAGCAACACCGGAGUCAAGUUUAGCAGUUGCAGUUGCUCUUUGGGGUAGAAAGCCGCCGAAACAUCGCAUUAACUGCUUGCAGUGCUUUAAAGACGGCACAGUUAUCAUCACAGGAGCUGAUGAUGGUACCUUGAUACUAUGGGAAAAAUGUGAUGGGAAUUUACAGGCUCAAAUGAUGUUGCUUGGACAUGAAGCUCCGAUAACGGCUUUAUCAGCAACAGAUGCCACACAAAAUUUGACGAGAUUUGUGAGCGCUUCUGCAGAUGGCCAGUUGACGUUGUGGGAUAGCACAGAUGGACGUGCCAUUGAUAAUACCUUCAUGGCUCAUGUACAUCGACAUAUUGUUCCGUAUCAUAUGACCAAAGGUUCCUUUAGCUUGUGCGGUUUAUACUGUAUAGGGGAUUACGCAGAAGUGAUGGUGAUUGAUCCACAGGAUAUGAAUAUACUUUUCACUCUGAAUUCACGAGUAGAGCCAGAUUGGAUAGCUGCAUUCACUAUCAUCAGUCAUCCAAGCAAACAAGAUGCAGUAUUAGGCAUUACGACAUGUGGCAUGGUAAAGGUGUGGGUUUUGUUUGAUUUAGAUAAAAAGGAAUUACCCAUCUAUGAAGCAGAAUCAAGAAAUGUAGAGAUAAAUGAAGUUUAUUCUAUAUCUUGGCAUCCAUCUUCACCUUCCAUAUUUGUGGUAUUUAAUUCUGGUUCAUGGCAGGUGUUUCAACUGGCUGAUCUUAAUCGUUUGGUAGUAUAUUUUUCUGAUGAACAAAUUUGUGACGGGAAGUUAUUAUCUGAUGAGCGAUCUGCAGUAGCUUGUGCAGAUGGCUGUGUAUAUAUUUAUCAGCUUCCACGUUCGUUGCUUUCUUGCGGUAGUGGCUCAGGAAGUGUGAUGGAAGGACAUAGUGAUCCGACACUGCUGAUGAUUUUACAAAACAAAUCAACUGAUAAUCUGCAGUCAACACACAUGAUAUUUUGCAUCUCAGCUUCCCAAUUUGUUUGGCGAGCCGAUACUGAAAGCAAUAUAACGCUAUGGGAAUUAAAUGAAGUUUUACCAAUACAAUCAAAGCAUCAAUUGAUAUUCGAGCGACCCAAGCUGGAAACAAGCAUAAAAUGUCAGUGGAAUAGCUUGAAAAACUCGCCGCCAUCCAUAUACGAUGGUGAAGACGAUUGCGAGGUUACAGCUACUCAUUACGUUAGUAGCCAAGGACGCCUUCUUAUUGGACGUGGAGACGGGGUUAUAAUCCUUAUGUACGGUUGCGACGCUAUUUCAAAACAAUUGCUAACCAAAAGCGAAGAACCUAGUUGUCGGCAUUUAUAUGGUCAUACCGCUGCCGUAACAUGCUUUCUUUAUCCACAUGAAGAACAUCCGCGAUAUGACCAACAGAUAUUGUUGUCUGGAUCCAGCGACUUUUCUGUUAUAACUUGGAAUUUGAAUAGUGGAUCAAGACUAUAUCGGUUUUGUGUCCAGGGCGGUCCAAUCCUUCGCAUGCUUAUUCCUCCGGAAACAUGCAAUCCAAGAGUUCUCCAUACAAUUUGUUCAGUAGCUGGAGAUAAUUCAGCUGCGCUUUUGUCUUUGAAAGAAAAUAAAUGUCUUCUUUUGGCAAGCCGGCAAUUAUUUCCAAUAGUGGAUGUAAAAUGGCGACCGUUGGAUAAUUUCCUCCUACUGAAAUGUGAGGAUGAAUCUGUUUAUGUGUGGCAAAUGGAUCCCGCAUGUUUGGAAAGAAUUGUUAAUGGCCAAAUGGCGGAAGAAAUUCUGAUAGCGUGCAGUGAACAAGUUGGUGUGGCCGAGAUAGACGACGAAGCUGGCGCUUCACAAGCCGUCCAAAUGCUUCGUGCUUUGAGAAAUAAAAACAUACUUGUGAUGAAACAAAUUGCAACUGGCAACCGGGAUGGAAAAGUUGCAAGUACAGCUGAAAAAGUUCUCGAGUUGCCACCUCCAAUGAACAUCCAAGCUAUGGCCAAAGCCCCUAGUUCACCACAUCUUGUAUUUUUCAACGUUGACUCUUUAGUCGCUGGGCUUCUAGUACUCGGAGAUGAAUUGUCAUCAGGUGAAAAUGUGGAAAACAAGUCCUUAUCAACAAUAUUGAUGGGUAAACAGCAGUCAGAUUCUCGUACAGCGCUGGCAAAAAUUGCAUGGCAGACGGGAUCCAAUCUUUACCUGGAUGUUGCGAAGCUUUGUAUGAGUUUAUUAUACGCCUGGACUCUUGAUCCUGACUUGGAUGAAGUUUGCUUGAAAAAAUUGCGCCUUGUGAAACCAUCGAUACCAUUAAGUUUUGGUGUUGAAUCGCAACAAGGACAUCUGGUGGUAUAUAUGCCUACAGGAAAAUUCAAUAAUGUUGCUUCAUUUGAUAGUUUUGCAAGUUCUGUUCGAUGGGCCACAGGCAGUUCUUUGACAACAGCACAUCUUUUGGCAGUUAUUGCUCUUGCGAAUACUUUGAUGUCAUUACAUGGCGCUUCUUUUGAUAUCGCUAAAAGGAAUAUUCUUAUAAGAAACUCUGCAUUACGUUCUUCCGGUGCUGAGUCUCACGAGAACGAUUUGCAGUUGAAACAAGGCUGGUCGUUAAUUGCUGCACUACAUUGUUGUCUCUUACCCGAUCUGAUCAAACCAAAGAGUAUUUAUUGUCCGCCCAGGAUAGAAUUGCUCGCAAAAAGAUAUUUUUUUUUACUUCUUCUUAGAUUUAUUUUUUCAAAUUUAUUUUGGAAUCCUGUGUUUAAGAACCCCUGGUGGCAAGAUCGAUGUCUAGAAGUGAGAAUGGCUGCUCAGGCAUUAUUGACUAGAGAAUUAACACGUCUUAGUGUCAAUGGUCGAAAACGCUUGGUGGAAUCGUGGUCUGCAUUUCUUCCAACCCUUCUGGAUCCUAACCUAUCAAUUUUUGGUAACCGUGCUUUGAUAGCAUUUAUGAAUACAGCUCUUGGAACCAAUGUUUCGCAACCACCUCCAAUUCCUCAUCGCAAGGGUGAAAAAGCACUCCCAGAUCCAGCUGUCAAUGUAGAUGUUAAGUUGUCGAGAGGAGCUGGCGUACAGCAAAUUCGACGAAAUCAAGCAACAUCAUUAAUAUUACUUGGCGUGAUUGGUGCCGAAUUUCCAGACGAAAUGAGUAAGUUGGACAUUUCACGAGCUACUGCACAAUCCCUCUUAGAACUACUUAUUGCUCCGCCAACAACACUAUUACCAUUUCAUUCACCACUUCGUCGUGCUGCUGUAGAUUUGAUCGGACGAGGCUUCAGCGUUUGGCAACCUCAUCUGGACAUUACUAAACUUUUGCUGGUCCUUUUGGAAUUGGCUACUAGCGCCGAUAAGCAGUCUAUGGAUACCACAGCAGCUAUCUUAACUCCAUCAGUGGAUGUGUGUCAUACAGCACGUCAUGCAUUAAGUUUAAUUGCUACAUCACGUCCACCCGCAGUAAUCACGGCAUUAAGUAAAGAAGUGGCCCGUUACAAUAGUGUUGCACAACAUCAAACUAUUCAACAUUCGACUAGUAGUCCACUACUAAAAUGUCGAACAGAGGUGCUACGUAUCAUGGAAUUGCUAUCUGAAAAGGAGUAUACGAGCGUUGCUGACUUGAUGAUCCCGGUGGGUGAUAUACUUGUCCACUGUUUGGAUGCGUCAUUACUUAAGCACAAAUCAUUGUCAGAAAUCUUCCCACCAAUAACAAGAAUCUUUUUCUGCUGCAUUGAAACAUUAAAAACUAGAAAAGAUAAAGAUUUUUUUUUCUGGUUUUACAUGGUUGCAUACUGUCCGAAUACUCGUCGAAUUGCUUUUGGUGGGCGAAAUGGCACAAUAGUCGUUCAUGAAUUAAGAGCUGCUAAAGCACAGACGCUACAAGCUCACAAAGGUGCUGUUACAGCAGUGGCAUUUUCAGAAGAUGGUAAAUUUUUAGCGACUUACGGAGCAGAAGAAGCUAAAUUAUCAUUUUGGCAAACGUCACAGACAUUCUUGGGUAUGGGCCAGAGCCAAUUGAAAUGUGUCAAGUCACAGUCAGCACCUGGAAUUUUUCCAGUUCUCUCUCCAAGCGGUACGCAUCAACCGUUCAGAGCUCGUUUGGUAUGGAUCUCUCUCAAAUCGGUCACUUUGAUGCUUCCAAAUAGCAAAGAGUUUAGAUUUGCUUUCUAG